GUCUGGAAGCGGCGAGUACAGCCUAGGACCGGCGGUGCUAGGUAGCUUAUGUUAGCCAUUCGUCGAAGUAAGUAGGGCAUCGCAGGAUAGCAAUACUACGCUUAGUCCGUUAUGAUACUGUAGUAGAACUUUUAUUUGUCGCAUCCCGGUCGAUGUUUAUGGAUUGCCAGAAGUUGACGAUUCUUUGAGAGGACUUCCAGGUAACGUUCGGUAAAAUGCCGCUGCACGGGAAGAUAGUGGUGAUCAAGAGGAGCGGAGCAGACGGGACCGAGUUUCCUCUCACGGCCUCGUGCUUAUUUGGAAGGAAGCCCGACUGCGAUAUCCGUAUUCAGCUUCCUCAAGUCUCCAAGGAGCAUUGCAGAAUUGACUUUAAUGAAAAUAAAGAGAUCAUUUUGACUAAUUUGAGCUCGGUGAAUCCGACCCGCGUGAACGGAGAGGCUUUGCAGCAAGCCGAGCGUUUGAAGCACGGAGAUGUGAUAACUGUUAUUGACCGUUCUUUCAGGUUUGAGUAUCCUCCAGCGCCCACACCAAAGAAGAGGUCUUCCAUCGGAGGCCAGACUGAAACCCUCAAAGUUCUAAAUCAACAAGUAGGGGGGGCAGUGACCACUGAAACUGGAGAAAAAAGGACCUCUGAAGUGUCCACAGACCCUCAUCUUAAAGAUGGAACUAACCAUGAAAACAUCCAGCGACCGCUGGAGACGAGCGCGGAGGCCGGCGAGCCGCUGCAAACCAAGACGGCCUCCCCCUUCAGCGACCUGUAUCAGAUGAUCAAACAGUCACUUGAUGUCAAGACCCCUCGGAAGUCUUCUGCCACCGUCCCCCCAACGCCGGCCUCGAGGUUCUGCAGCCCGCGACCCGGUUCAGUGGCGAGCAAUGACGAGAAGCCCGUCCCCUCCACGGAGGACAAUUCCACCCGAGAGAAGGACGAGGCUGACGUCUCUUCUGUUGCUGACGACACUGUGGCCGAACCCCUGAGUGACGGGACCCCCAAGUCCGCCAAGAAGCAAAGGAGGUCCUUCAAGGUUCCUUCCACGGAGACGUCCGACGCCGAAAACGCUGUCGGGAGCGAAGCCGCCUCAACGCCGAAGAGAAGCCGCACCCCCCCCAAGAGGUUUACCGCAUGCGAGGCUGCGUCGCCCAAAUCCCCCGUGAGACGGAGAAGCAAAGAGGCUAAACCUGCGCAGGAGGAAGCCGUUACUUCUCCUGAAGUGGAUCCCCAUGGAGAGGAAUCCCCAGAGAGCCCAGGAGAACAUGAGAUGGUCAAAGUGAUGACCAGAAAACGUAAAAGUGAAGAACUGGGCGGCGACCUGCCCGUGUCGCAGAUGAAGAGGAAGCGCGUUUCCUUUGGAGGUUUCCUCUGCCCCGAGUUAUUCGACAAACGUCUGCCCCCCAACUCCCCGCUGCAGAAGGGGGCCGCUCCGCGCAGGAGCCUCUCCGUGUCGCAGCCCAAGCAGUCCCUCCUCAGACGUGCGUCCACCAUCGGCCUGCUGCAGAGCAAGAAUGCGUCUCCGUCAUCCGGAAAGACGUCCCCUAAAUCCAGGUCUCCUUCUCCCAAGGCUGUGAAGUCCAAGAGCCCAUCUCCAGCCCCAGGAAGUUCUUCUACAGUACAGGGGCGCUUCUCCGUGUCGCACAUCUGCACCCCGUCUCCGAUCGCCGAAGAUGCUGCGGGUGAACAGGGGCCUUUUGUCCGUGCCACUCCCAAGAUAACCCCGCGGAGGAGGAGCCUCUCGCGCACUAGAAGUGGCAUUUCACGGGCCUCUAUGAAAGUCCAAAAUUCCUGGGCCGAGAUAGUGCGAUUUGGACAAACGAAGGUCAAACCAGCUGCUGCCGCGAAAAAGACAGUCGCCAAGAAGACGGCGAAGAAGACGGUCGCCAAACCCCAGACCCCUGCAAGGAACCUGUGCGCGCAUGUUGGCACGGGACACGCGGAUUCCCCCGUCACCAUCGUGGUGGGAAGAGCUCACAGACAAAACGUACCGCCCACCGGUGCUGCACCAAAAGUGGUCCCCAAUAUUGCUCUACUGAAAAAGAACAUGAAAAUGGAUGAAGACUUGACAGGGAUUUCUGAAAUGUUAAAAACCCCUGCGAACGAAAAGAGGAAGACCUCCGUAAUGGGGGAGAGCAGCGUGAAGACACCGGCAGGAAGCCUGUGCCCGUCUGUGAUGAACACCCCGGAGGAGCCAGGAGAAAUGAUGGUGUCCCCGCUGACGGUUUCAUCCACAGUCAAAGACAGGAGCUACAACAGCGAGGCGGUCCAGCGCCUCUUUAAUAACGACCAGGAAUGCAGCGUGGACGGGGGGGCUCCGGCCGUGCAGGGAUCCAGCCAACAGCCCUGCGCCCAUUUGACAACUACCGCGGCGACUCCCAAACAGAAGGCCGAAUUACCGGAAUGUCUCACCGGAGUGAAGAGGAUGAUGAGGACGCCGAGACAGAGAGCAGAGCCCCUCGAGGACCUCCGGGGGAACAUUUUGAAGACGCCCAAGCAGAAGCCUGAAGAGCAGGAGUGUCUCAGCGGAGUGAAGAGGAUGAUGGAGACUCCCCGACAGGAAGCCGCACCCGUGGAGGACAUCGCAGUGGAGCGGCGCGAGGCCCUCGCCGACGCCGCGGCGCCGCAGCCGGAGGCCGCCGACGCGCUCGUGGAGACCCCAGCGGACCUGCCAGAGCCAGAAGACCCCGUGGAGAGCUCCCCGGCUGGCGAGAGGCUGGCAAGGGCCCCCAAGGAGAAAAGCGCUCCGGUUGAAGACAUGGUGGGCGUGAAGAGGCUCAUGAAGACUCCCAGGGAAAAGGGCCGCGCGGUGGAGGAGGACUUCGGUAUCGACGCGCUUGUGGAGACCCCCGGAGCUCCGCUGCAGGGACCCGGAGAGGCGCAGCCCGACGCAGAGGCCAGCGAGCAGGUUGUAGAGGAAAUGCCCCAGGAUUGUGAGGAGGACGUUGCUAAAGAACUGGUCUUUGCCCUCGAGGAGCCGCAAGACGAUGUUCCAUCAGAUGUGGGAGAUGUUCCUCAAGUUGACAAAGAGGAUAUAGAAGUUGCCGUUGAUGACCACUUGGAGAAGUGUGGAGCGGCUGUAGAGGAGAACUCCUCUGUGGAGACACCUGAAGAGGAAACGGUAGAUGAGAAGUUACCUGAAGAAGAACAACCUGAAGAGGACGCUGUCCCAGAAGUGGACACGGCUGCCACCGAACCCCACCACGAGAAAUCGCUUAAAACCGCUGAGUCUCUUGCAGCAGAAGCUUGUGAUGAAGCUGUGGCGCCCGCUCCAGUCAGAGCGAGAAGAGGCAAGAAAUCCGACGCCACCGCCCCCCCCGCUGUGAGACAUGCAACCAGAGGCCGAACAGCGAAGCCUCAAGAGAGCGCCGCUGAUGAUCAACCUGAACAGGUGACGGAGACCUCCACCCAGGCGUCUCCAGUGGAAGAAGAGUCCUCGCCCCCCGAGGAGGAGGCUGUGUUGAAGACUCCCAGGGGGAGGAAGUCCAAACCUGACCCUGUGGAGCAGAGCGAAGACGUGGAAGACGAGUCUCUCACUGCAGACGCUGCACCUCAGAAGUCCAUGGAGAAACCCCGAAGGGGCAGGAAGGCCAAACCCAAGGCUGUUGAACAAAGCGAGGUGGCAGAGGACGUUGCUAUGGAAACCAAGCAGCAGCCUCAGCCUCCAGUCAGGGCUAAGAGGGGAAGAGCUGCUAAACAGGAAGAGGAAGAAAAGCCAGAGUCUUCGCUGAAGCCCAAACGAGGGAGAACAACCAUACCUGCUGACGAGGCGGAGCAGCCAUAUGUGCCCAGUUCCCACCGCGAGGACGCAGCAGACGAAGCAGCUGAAGUCUGCAGUGCGGUGCACAGUGAUGAAAAUCAAUCGUCGGAUGCCGUGGAAGCUGCUCCUCAGGCGCCUGCAGCGGAGAGGGAGCCUGACGUGGAAACGGCGACUGGCAAAGUCCCAGAGACGGACGCAGCCGCUCAGAAGAAGUCUGCUCGAGGAAGAAAGGCCCAACUGGAGGAUAAACAAGAGGCAGCAGAAGCUUGUGAUGAAGCUGUGGCGCCCGCUCCAGUCAGAGCGAGAAGAGGCAAGAAAUCCGACGCCACCGCCCCCCCCGCUGUGAGACAUGCAACCAGAGGCCGAACAGCGAAGCCUCAAGAGAGCGCCGCUGAUGAUCAACCUGAACAGGUGACGGAGACCUCCACCCAGGCGUCUCCAGUGGAAGAAGAGUCCUCGCCCCCCGAGGAGGAGGCUGUGGUGAAGACUCCCAGGGGGAGGAAGUCCAAACCUGACCCCGUGGAGCAGAGCGAAGACGAGUCUCUCACUGCAGACGCUGCACCUCAGAAGUCCAUGGAGAAACCCCGAAGGGGCAGGAAGGCCAAACCCAAGGCUGUUGAACAAAGCGAGGUGGCAGAGGACGUUGCUAUGGAAACCAAGCUGCAGCCUCAGCCUCCAGUCAGGGCUAAGAGGGGAAGAGCUGCUAAACAGGAAGAGGAAGAAAAGCCAGAAUCUUCAUCAGUUGAGACCACUAAACCUCAGGAGCCGGCCAAAAAAGUAAAGAGGACAAAGAAGGUAGAGCAAGAGCCCGUAGAAGAAGCCCCAGCCGUUGUAGUGGACGUCCCCAAGGAGGCUGAAGUGAAGAUGACCGAACAAGCUACCGUGGCUACAAAACCCAAGAGAGGAGGGCGUAGAGCCGCUGAGGUCCAAGAGGUCCCGGCCACGGACAAACUAAAGCGCGGUAAGAGGGGGAAACAAGCUCCUGAAGAGGGUGGAGCCACUUCAGUAGAAGCAGAGGAGAAGUCUGACCACGUGCAGGAGGCCGAAGAGAAGAAGCAACCUGAGCCGGAAGCUCCAGUGAUGAAACCAAGCCGGGCCAGGGGGGCGAAGGCGGCGGUGAAAAACGAGGUUCCCAAAGCUGUUCCGGCCAAGAAAGCCCGCCGCGGCGCCGCCCCUCUCGCUCAGGAGCCCCUGGCAGAAGCCACGGUCCCGGCUCCAGAGCCUGCGGCGGCUUCCGUGGAACCGGCCAAGCGGGGCCGACGGGCCGCACCGAAGGCCGCUGCACUCGACGAUCCCAGCGCGGCUGCCGUCGAAGACACGAAGACGUUCAAAAGGACCGUUAGGUGGAAGGAGCAGCUCGAAGUCGUCGAAAUUCAAAAACAAGUCGACGCCGAGAGCAAGAACGUUGCGAAGGACGCCGACCCGACUGAAGAGAAGGAUCUCUCAGGCAAAGCUGCUGAAGCUCAGCCCGCCAAGAAGACCAGGAGGGGCCCAAAGGUCGCCGUGGUAACCGCUGACGACGCAGAGUCCACAAGCGGGGUGGAAAGCGUUGAGGCAGAGUCGCUGCCCAAAACCCGAAGAGGAAGAGCAGCCAAGAAAUAAAGCAUUUGUAUUUAAAUGUUCUUCAUUCUAAUGAUCUCCCUUUUUCAACCUGUUUUUAUUAGAUUCUAUGGCAUUUUAGAAAAAGUUUCAAAGACUGAAAAUGAAGCACUGCUUUUUUUUUUUUCUUCAAUACAGCAGGGAAUCUUGUCUUGUUUUUUUUUUUUUUGUGUGUGAAGUUGUUCAUUGGGUUUUAGAAAUGUUUUUAUGGUGAAAAAAAAAAUUAAAUCUUUUGUACAAUAAGACAAAAUUGACUAAUGUCUUUUUUGGUGUUCUGUGUAUCUUCCUAUGUGGUUAAAAUGACAUUUUAACCGUAGUAAUUGACGGGAUGGAUUUAAAGACUUCAAUGUGCUGACUGCUGAUGAAUU